GCCAAAUGCAGUAAAGGUGUAUCCUGUCAUAUCCUGUCGAGAAAUACUAAUGUAAAAGAUCAGAGGUGCUUGUAUUGAUGAUGCGUAAAUAAAAUCAUAUCCCGGAGAAAUAUAAAGACACAAAAGAUGUUGUUCGUCUCUAGAAUAACGCUGGCAGUUUUCUUACUCAUCAAUGGCGUAAAUGCAAACGGCACGGAAGGUCCGCCAGGAUCAGGAGGUCCCCCCGGUACAGGUGGACCACCUGGAACAGGAGGUCCCCCUGGUACAGGUGGACCACCAGGUACAGGUGGUCCACCAGGUACCGGAGGCCCGCCUGGGACAGGAGGACCACCAGGAACAGGGGGUCCACCAGGGACAGGAGGUCCACCAGGAACUGGAGGUCCACCAGGGACAGGAGGUCCACCAGGUACAGACAGGAGGUCCACCAGGAACAGGAGGUCCACCAGGAACAGGAGGUCCACCAGGAACAGGAGGUCCACCAGGGACAGGGGGUCCACCAGGGACAGGCGGUCCUCCAGGAACAGGAGGUCCACCAGGGACAGGAGGUCCACCAGGAACCGGAGGCCCACCAGGAACAGUCGGCCCGCCAGGAACAAGCGGACCAAAGGGUAUUGCCGGAACUUCCGGUCCCCCAGGAAUGAAGGGAUCAAAGGGAGAAGCUGGAACAGGAGGACCACCAGGCACUGGCGGCCCACCUGGAACGAAGGGAAUUAAAGGAUCCCAGGGUAUGGUUGGAGUUAAAGGAUUUAAAGGCCUCAAAGGAUUUAAGGGAGAGCCUGGAGCUGACUCCACAUUCCUUGUCACAGUUGCACCAAGAUCAAGCAACCCAUGUACUACUGCAGGUCUGUGGAAGAACCCAGCUGGAGGUAACACAUGUAAUACAUAUUACCAAUGUUACUUCUCAUUCAGCGGAGUUUUACAGCAAGUGAAACAUUUCUGUCCUCCAUAUUACGUCUUCAAUCCAUCGGCUAGCGUUUGCGUCUUCUGCAGUCGAGGUCUAACGCGUUGUUGCAAAGAGGUUGAUGCGAUGCAAGCACAAGCACAAAUUGGGGUCGAACCUGUAGAUGAAGAACAGGCCCCUGCACUUCCAGGAGUAACAAUUGCCUUCUCAGUCCUCGUUGUACUUUUCGUUGUCGGGGUGGCCUAUACGUGCCGUAUGAACCAUCUAGCAAGGAUGAACAAGGCAUCCCGCGAGAACAAUGUCGUUUUACAAACAAUUACAAGAUAGGACACAAAGCAUACUAAGAGACUAUUAAUUUAUCACAAUAUGUUAUAUCUAUUUUUGAUUCCAUUGUCUUAUCCAGUGUUAAAUAAAUAAUGCCAUUUAAAUAGCGAUUUAAUGUUUUACCAUUGUGAAUAUUGUAUGGAAAUGUAGGUUUGUUUCAGAAAUAAAAACAAGUUGUUUUGCACGAAGUACACGAAUACCACUCUUAUUUAUAUGACAUUACCCAUCCCUUGUCUUGGAUUUCAUAUAACAUUGUAAUUAUAUUUGUUGACCAGUUAUAAUCAACCACUCUUAUU